AUGGCUGCUAAAGCUGAGCAAGCGGCCAUUAUAGCCGACGGCGACGCCAGUCUGAUUCGCCAGAACGAGCACAGCAUGACGAAUGGCGGGGAUGUAUCGUCGGAGAGCGUGCUACCGGUGACGCCUUCGGUUGACCUUUCGAGGAGCGUGUCGCUCUCUGGUGCAGCCUCGCCCGUGGCUAGACGUGCGCAUCAUGUCUCGCAAGCGCUCAGAGGCCCCUCCGAGCCUGUCACUUCGCCUCAUCCUUCGGUCUGGCUGGAAGCGGGAAUCAGCGAGAGUGGCUUCAGAGAAAAAGAUCGCAUGGUGCUCGAGCUCGAGGAUGGUUCGGCGUAUGAAGGUGUCUCAUUCGGUGCAACGGGUAAGAGCAUCUCUGGAGAGUGCGUUUUCGCCACAGGAAUGGUCGGCUACCCUGAAUCCUUGACGGAUCCAUCUUAUUCUGGCCAAAUCCUCGUCAUCACAUACCCGCUGGUCGGCUCGUACGGUGUACCACCAAGACAAUCAGACCUCAACUCGGCGCGGCUGCCAGCUUACUUCGAGUCAAGCCGUAUCCACGUUGCCGGUUUGGUUGUAGGCUCUUAUUCCGGAGAGGGCAGCGACUUCUCGCACCAUCUUGCAAGCUCGGAGCUCGCCACUUGGCUCAAAGAGCAAGGUGUACCCGCUCUUUACGGCAUCGACACGCGCGAUCUGACAAAGAAGUUGAGAGAGAAAGGCACUUUUCUUGGAAAAGUCCUCGCGCGUAAUCCUGCCGCACCUGCGCUACCUGCUCGCGCCUCAAGAGCCUUUCCGAGCAACAGGCCAUCAGCUCAGCGAUCGUGGCGGGCUGCAUAUUUAGACUGUCCUUUAGAAGACCACAAUGCGAGAAAUCUUGUAGCGCAAGUCUCACGACGGUCGCCGCAAGUCUACUCGCCCGGCAACUUUGAUGGCAUACCAAAGGCGCCGGCGCCUCUGCUGCAUCCGUCCGGACGACCACUACGAGUCAUCGCGCUCGAUGUGGGCAUGAAAUACAAUCAGAUCAGAUGCUUUGUGCUCCGUGGUAUCGAGCUCAAGUGCGUGCCCUGGGACUACGACUUCAACUCGCCCAAUGAGGAGCCUUUUGACGGGCUAUUCAUCUCCAAUGGACCUGGAGAUCCUGUCACAGUCUCUGCGACGAUCGACCGUAUCCGUGUGGCCGUGGAAAAGAAGGACAAACCCAUUUUUGGCAUCUGUCUCGGCCAUCAGCUCCUUGCGCUAGCUGCUGGCGCCUCUACUGUCAAGCUCAAAUACGGCAACAGAGGUCAAAAUAUCCCCUGCACAGACAUGCUUUCGGGGCGCUGCUACAUUACCUCUCAGAACCACGGUUAUGCAGUGGACGCCUCGACGCUCAAGUCAGGCUGGAAGGAACUCUUCGUCAACGCAAAUGAUGGAUCGAAUGAAGGCAUCUUUGCUACUGAUCUGCCCUACUUCAGUGUGCAAUUUCACCCAGAGAGCACACCGGGUCCUCGAGAUACAGAAUUCCUCUUUGAUGUCUUCAUCGACAAUGUCAAAGCAUGCGCAGACGCUGGCAAGCUCGUCAUGCCAGUCAUCCCCGGCGGCAUCGCGGCAGAGAAUGCAAAGGCGAAUCCGCGCGUGCAUGUCCGCAAAGUACUCGUCCUUGGCUCAGGCGGUCUCUCCAUCGGCCAGGCUGGCGAAUUCGACUAUUCGGGCAGUCAAUGUAUCAAGGCUCUGCGUGAGGAGGGCAUCUAUACAGUGCUCAUCAACGCGAACAUCGCUUCGACGCAGUCUAACAUAACAGGUCUCGCCGACAAGGUAUUCUUCUUGCCUGUCACGCCAGACUUUGUACGCAAGGUCAUAGAGCACGAGCGACCGGAUGGUAUCUACGUCACGUUUGGUGGACAGACAGCGCUCAAUGUGGGUAUCAAGCUCAAAGACGAAUUCGCCAAGCUUGGCGUCAAAGUCCUCGGAACACCCAUCGAUACCAUCAUCACGACAGAAGACAGGGAGAUGUUCGCAAAUGCGAUGCUUCAGAUCAACGAGAAGUGUGCCGAGUCAGCUUCUGCAGUCAAUGUGGAAGAGGCUGUCGCUGCAGCUCGCAAGAUCGGGUAUCCUGUCAUUGUUCGUGCAGCUUUCGCUCUGGGCGGACUAGGGUCUGGCUUUGCAAACAACGAGGGAGAGCUACUGGAACUGCUCAGCAAGGCCUUCGCAACGUCGCCGCAGGUUCUCGUCGAAAAGAGCAUGAAAGGCUGGAAGGAGAUCGAAUACGAAGUCGUGCGGGAUUGCCGGAACAACUGCAUCACUGUGUGCAACAUGGAAAAUUUCGACCCUCUGGGCAUUCAUACAGGCGACUCGAUCGUCGUUGCCCCCUCGCAGACGCUAUCAGAUGCGGACUACAAUAUGCUCCGAACGACCGCGGUCAACGUGAUUCGCCAUCUCGGCGUUGUUGGCGAGUGCAACAUCCAGUAUGCUCUGAACCCGGAGUCGCAGGAAUACUGCAUCAUUGAGGUCAACGCUCGUCUCUCGCGCUCAUCUGCGCUCGCUUCAAAAGCGACAGGCUACCCACUCGCCUUCAUCGCGGCAAAGCUUGGCCUUGGCAUACCCUUGAACGAGAUCAAGAACUCUGUCACGCUCAAGACAUCAGCCUGCUUCGAGCCCAGUCUUGACUAUCUAGUGGUCAAGAUUCCGCGUUGGGAUCUCAAGAAGUUCACUCGCGUCAGCACAGCGCUCAGCAGUAGCAUGAAGAGUGUCGGUGAAGUCAUGGCCAUUGGCCGGACAUUCGAAGAGACCAUUCAGAAGGCGAUUCGAUCAAUUGAUCCAUCUUUUGCUGGCUUCUGUCUCAACGACCACACCGACAGUCUUGACGAAGAGCUCAUGAACCCUUCCGACAAGCGCCUCUUUGCUAUCGCUAACGCGAUGCACAAGGGAUACUCUGUCCAGAAGAUCUGGGAGCUUACCCGGAUCGACAAAUGGUUCCUCAACAAGCUGCAGCACAUCGUCGACCUCGAGCGUAUCUUCUCUCGCCACACCCCCAGCUCGAUUCCGACAGGCAUGGUGCGACAUGCUAAGCAGCUGGGCUUUUCUGAUCGUCAGCUCGCUCGGGCAAUUGGCUCGAAUGAGCUCGCAGUUCGCCGUCUGCGGCAAGAAUAUGGCGUGAUCCCAGUCGUCAAGCAGAUCGAUACUGUCGCAGCAGAAUUCCCAGCCUUUACCAACUACCUUUACAUGACCUACAAUGGACUAGAGGACGAUGUGACAUUUGAUGACCAAGGCAUCAUGGUCCUUGGCUCCGGUGUCUACCGUAUCGGAUCGUCUGUCGAAUUCGAUUGGUGCGCAGUACAGGCGAUUAGAACGAUCCGGAAGCGAGGCUUCAAGACAGUAAUGGUCAAUUACAAUCCCGAGACAGUCAGUACAGAUUACGAUGAAGCUGACAGGCUAUACUUUGAGAACAUCUCCGUCGAGACGGUCAUGGACAUUUACGAGGCCGAGCGAUCAAGCGGAGUGAUCAUCUCCAUGGGCGGUCAAACAUCAAACAAUAUUGCUCUGCCUUUGCAUCGUCAAAACGUCAAAAUCCUCGGCACAUCACCAGAGAUGAUUGAUAAUGCUGAAAACCGAUACAAGUUCUCGCGUAUGCUUGACCAGAUCGGCGUCGACCAGCCUCUCUGGAAAGAGCUGGCAGAGAUGGAAGACGCGCACGCGUUCUGCAACAAAGUCGGCUACCCGGUGCUCGUUCGUCCAUCCUACGUGCUCUCUGGCGCUGCCAUGAACGUCGUCUACUCCUCUGACGAUCUCAGCAAUUACUUGACGCAAGCGACAGCUGUCUCGCGAGAGCACCCCGUGGUCAUCUCAAAGUAUAUCGAAGAAGCUAAAGAGAUAGAGAUGGACGCCGUUGCCCGCAAUGGCAAGAUGGUCAUGCACUACAUCUCUGAGCACGUCGAGAAUGCAGGUAUCCAUUCUGGCGAUGCUACGCUCGUCUUGCCCCCUCAGGAUCUUGAUCCCGAAACAGUCAGGCGCAUCGAGAUUGCGACACAGAAGAUCGGCAACGCGCUUAAUGUGACGGGGCCUUUCAACAUUCAGUUCCUCGCUAAAGACAAUGAGAUCAAAGUCAUCGAGUGCAACGUCCGAGCAGCACGCUCGUUUCCCUUUGUCUCAAAGGUCACUGGCGUGGAUGCCAUCGAAAUGGCAACGGAUGUCAUGCUCGGCUUGUCAGUCCAGGCUUACCCCGCUCUCGAUCUCCCGCCAGACUAUGUCGGGGUGAAAGUGCCGCAGUUCAGCUUCAGCCGACUUGCCGGCGCUGAUCCCAUACUCGGCGUCGAAAUGGCAUCGACAGGCGAAGUCGCGUGCUUUGGCAAGGAUCGCUAUGAAGCCUACCUCAAGGCUCUUCUCGCAUCAGGCAUUUCUCUUCCCAACCGCAACAUCCUAUUGUCGAUUGGCUCAUACAAGGAAAAGAUGGAGCUAUUGCCAUCCGUGCAAAAGCUCCAUCGCCUCGGGUUCAACAUCUUUGCCACUGCUGGUACAGCGGACUUCAUACAAGAGCACGGUAUUCCUGUCAAAUACCUCGAAGCGCUUGGCGAUGAGGAUCAAGCACAUGCGCAAAAGUCUGAGUACUCUCUCACGCAGCAUAUUGCGGACAAUUUGAUUGACUUCUUCAUCUCGAUUCCCUCAAAGAAUCGCUAUCGACGGCCGGCGAGCUACAUGAGCAAAGGCUAUCGCUCUCGCAGAAUGGCUGUUGAUUUCGCUGUUCCACUGCUGACGAAUGUCAAGUGCGCCAAGCUCUUUGUUGAAGCCCUCGCUCGCAAGCCUACUCUUCAGAUUUCGACUGUCGAUUACAAGACCGCCGUGCCGACUGUCAUGUUGCCGGGUCUUGUCGAUCUGCAUGCGUUCAUCCCUCGCUUGGCUGCUGAAGACUGCACAGCGGUGGAGGAAGUAACUCGCGCUGCUAUCAGCGGCGGCUUUACCGCCAUUCAGUUUGUGCCCACUGGCUCUGCCAACAAUCUUGAGGACGAAAUGUCGCUCGACACUGCACGGGCGAACGCCUCCGGCGCCUCGCACUGUGACUACGCCUUUGCGGUUGUCGCUACGCCUCGCAAUUCGAUGCGGCUCGUCUCUGAAGUCAUUGAUGGCACAAAGUCGCUCUACGUCCCCUUUACGGGCCUCAACGAUCCCAAAGUCAACAAAGUCGCAGCAGUGGUCUCACAUUUCGGUGCUUGGCCAGCAGAGAAGCCCAUCAUUACAGAUGCCAAGUCCACUGAUCUCGCAUCAAUCCUUCUACUCGCAAGUUUGCACGGCAGGAGCAUCCACGUCGCCGAUGUGACUUCUGCAGAUGACAUCAGCUUGAUUGCUCUCAGCAAGCAAAAAGAUCUUAAGGUCACUUGCGAUGUCUCCAUACAUGCGCUCUUCUUCGCCUCGGAAGAUCUGCCUGGCACGACUUGCUUGCCGACCAAAGCAGAUCAGGCUGUACUCUGGGAGAACCUGGAGCUCAUUGACGCUUUCUCUGUCGGUGCGACGCCAUACCUGCUGGCCAAGCAGAUGAGCAAGAGCUUCUCUGCGGCCUCUGCCGUCGAAGACGCCAUUCAUCUCUUGCUCUGGGCAGUAUCGCAGGGUCGCCUGACGCUUGAGCAGAUCACUUCUAGACUCAGUACCAAUCCUCGAGCGAUCUUCGAUCUGUCGCCACAGCAGGAUAGCUACGUCGAGUUCGAGAUCGGUGGACGAUCUCGAGGUCUGCGCAGCGAGACAUGGUCGCCUCUGGCAGAGGAUCAGAUCACCGGCUCCGUGCACCGCGUUGUCCUUCGCGGCAGGACAGUCUAUCUUGACGGUAAUGCCAUGUCAAAGACCCCACUCGGACGAGAUCUCGCAGAUGACAUAGCACCAGCGGUGAUCAGCCGUCGCAAAUCUACCCGCUUUUCGAUGAAUCAGCUGCGGCCUUCCCUCUUCGGCGUCGGAGAUUCUACCAAGCUGGCUACGGGAAUGCCACUGUCUGCGGGUUUGCUGAAGUCUCCGACCCAAGCAUUGCCUCCCACCUCGAUCACGCGCUCGCCCAAGGUCAGCGGCCCGGAAUCAAUGAUAUCUGCUGUCGUAUCCAGCGCGCCGCCCCAGCCAACUGCUUCGUCCACCUUCUUGCACAGCCUGCAGACGACGACGCCUGCUUUGAGCAGUCUUGCACCGAUUGCCGCCUUCUCGCGUCGACACAUCCUGUCGGUAAAGCAGUUUACUCGACAAGAUCUGCAUUCGCUUUUUACCGUUGCGACCGAGAUGCGCAUCCAGGUCGAGCGCAAUCAAGCCAUCGACAUUCUGCGCGGAAGAGUCCUGUGCACGCUAUUUUACGAGCCUUCGACCCGGACGUCUGCCUCGUUCGAAGCUGCCAUGAACCGUCUCGGCGGUAAAGUCGUUGCGGUCACUGCAGACAGAUCGUCAGUCACGAAGGGCGAAUCGCUUGCUGAUACUGUCCGAACACUCGGCUCAUAUGGCGAUGCGAUUGUCUUGCGUCAUCCUGAGCCGGGCAGUACGUCCUUAGCGGCCAAAUUUUCGCCAGUGCCCAUCAUCAGUGCUGGCGAUGGAAUUGGCGAGCAUCCCACCCAGGCUAUGCUUGACGUGUACACCAUUCGAGAAGAGCUUGGUACCGUCAAUGGCCUGACGGUAACGAUGGUGGGAGACCUCAAGAACGGCCGUACGGUGCACAGUCUGGUCAAGUUGCUCAGUCUGUAUCAGGUCACUUUCAGCUUUGUCGCGCCGCCCUCGCUGCCUAUGCCAGAGUCCGUCAAGGCUGAAGCACGACGCCAGAACCUACGUUUCACAGAAACGACGAACCUAGACAGCGUGAUCGGAUCGACCGAUGUGCUCUAUGUCACCCGUGUCCAGCAAGAACGCUUCGCCAACCAGAGCGAGUACGAAGCCGUAAAGGAUGCCUACGUGGUCAACAACGAUGUCAUGUCGCGCGCAAAGACUCACAUGAUAGUGAUGCAUCCGCUGCCGCGAAAUAAUGAGAUUGACCCAGAGGUCGAUUACGAUUCUCGCGCUGCUUACAUCCGACAAAUGCGUUACGGCCUCUUUGUCAGAAUGGCACUCCUCUCGCAAGUGCUGGGCAAUGCCUGA